UCAAAACAAGUCACGUGAUGUGUCAGUGCCGCAUGUAAACACAGCUCAAAUGUGUUUACUUCUCGUGGGACGUAAUUUACAGUUUUUCAACAUAAAACGGGAUUUGACCAAAUUAUGGAGGUUGAAACUGCCAGACCAUACUUCUUUGGAGACAUAGGCUGCUGGUCGGAGAGGACCGAGGUGCACAAGGCGGCUUCUGACGGACAUGUUGCCCAGCUGCAGCAGCUCAUCCAGAGCGGAGCCUCCGUCAACAUAGUGGCUGUGGACUCCAUCACCCCCCUCCAUGAGGCAUGUGAAAGGGGGCAGACCCAGUGUGUCAGGCUGCUACUGGAUGCUGGAGCACAGGUGGAUGCCCGUAACACGGACGGUAGCACCCCUCUGUGUGAGGCCUGCUCGGUCGGGAGCUUUGACUGUGUGAGGAUGCUGCUGGAGCAUGGGGCCAAGGUGAACCCCACCCUCUCUUCCCGGACCACCUCACCCCUACACGAAGCCUGCAUGGGGGGUAAUGCUGACGUUGUGAAGAUCAUGAUCGCUAAAGGUGCCAGUCUGGAGGCAUAUGACCUGUACUAUGGGACCCCACUACAUGUGGCAUGUGCCAACGAACACACAGACUGUGUCAAGGCGCUACUCAACGCAGCUGCCAAAGUGAAUUAUGCUCGGCUGCACAAGACGGCCCUGCACCAUGCUGCUAAAGUGAAGAGUGUAGACAUGAUCGACCUGCUGGUGGAGUUUGGGGCGAACGUCUAGGCCAAAGACAAAAAGAAUAAGAAGCCCAUUGACUACAUUGAACCCGGCUCUCCCGCUGCACUCUGCUUAGAGUUUUAUGAAAGUACUCCAUUGAGUCUGCAGCAGCUGAGCAGAGUGGCCCUGAGGACAAUGCUGGGUAUCAGAGCUCUGGAGGUCGUAGUUCAACUGGACAUACCAAAGCAAAUCAUUAGCUUCCUCUGUUACCACUGACCCUGACACCAUUAUCUUACUAAGGAGAAGGAAGGAAGCUCAGAGACUGAAACCUUUCAAUCAAACAUCACAAUUAUCAAAAUGCUACAGUCUGAACCUUAGAUACCACUAGAUUAGAUGCAUAAAAAUAAUAUGCAUACAGCAAAGCACAGGUUUCCAAAUGUACAAACCAACAGUCUUUUUAAGCGGAGCACUUUUCUCUUUGAUGUCUUCAGAAUGUGUGCCAUAUCAACACAUUAGAUACAUAUUUAAAUAACAAGCAUAGGAGGUUUUAAUGGGGACUUUUCAGAUACAUUUUAUUCUUAGAGCUUCCAUAUCUUGUAAACCUACAUAAGGCCCUCAGGGAAAACAGGGAAGAGGGGGAGAGGAGAAAAGAAAUGGAGGAGAGGAAGUGAUUUUGGCAGCUUAUCCUGUCCACUCUGCAACACCAGCUGUGGACACUACACCAGCAUCUUAGUCGCCAUGACAAUGCAGCAGCAACACAACCGUUAGCAACACGUCCCAGAUCUCCGAUACAUCCUCAGGAAUGAGAAACGGUGUUGCAGCAGGAGGAUGAGCAGCGUUCCUGUUGACACUCUCCAGAUGACACAGUGUAUCCCAGAUUCCUCCCUGACAUCGGAACGGAAACCACACCUGACAACUGGAUGUGUUUGAGUCGGACGUUGUGGAAUCCAGGCAACAGAGAAGCACCAUGGAAAACUAUCCUGCUUUUUUACUGUUAGCGUCUCUGAUCUGUUGCAUCCGCUAUAGCUGAAAUGUCCCAGACCUGAAUACAUUGUCUGUUUUUGGGGUGUGGGAUGAGGGUGAUGUAUGGAUUCCUCAGAGUUACACGAUGUCUCUUUGGACACUGUAUUGGUACUGUUGUUGUUUGACAUAAUCCAUCUUAAUAAUGGGAACAGAGAAAUAUGUCUGUUAUUAUCAACAUGAAGUCUAUGUAAGGCAAUGUGCAUUAAUCACAAAGUGUGUUUAUAAAAGAUGAUGACCUAUUUAAUCUCACCCCUCUGGGCACACUACCUAAUUUCAGUGUGGAUAUUUGGGUAAUAUUUGGUUGAGACGUUAAUCAAUGAGAUUACAACCUAUAUUAACCCACUCAAAAAGACAGCCAAAAGUUAGUUGAAUUUCUAAUGUUUUAUCACUGCUUUCAAUCAUCUAAAUUCCAAUGGAAAAACAAUGUAUAUUUUUGGUUUAGUUGUCACCCAAAUGUUUAUCACUGCGUUUCAACCAUUUAAAAGCACAGCAAAGCUCAAAUGAGAAUGCAAUGUCAGAUAUUGAUAUAUCACUGUGCUUAAUCUAAUAGCAGAACCAAAUUACCUGUAUUGCAGUUGAGAUUACAUUAAAAGUACAUGGGUGCAAGAGAUAAAUGCUGUUUGAGAUUCUGUGCAGAUUAUUACAGCAAUUGUGAAGAUCUCCACAGACCUGCGAUGACCUAUGCAUUGCUAUCUUGCACAUGCACGCUUUAUAUGAUUACAGUAACCUCCAAAUGGUUGUGUAUGUGUUACUCAUUUUUUUUGUUUGGAUGUUACAUUCAUUUUUAAGAUAGACUAUUUACUGUAUUACGAAAGUAAUAUUGAAUUGUGUUUUGUUGACAUCACAACCAAAUAUCAAAAUUUAAAGGAGAUUUAUAUUCAGCUUUGAUAGUUCCAUCUGAGCCAUUGACUUAGUCUGAAUUUACUUCCAGUUUGUCUACAAAUUAAUAAUUGCUAUGUUGGAUUCACGUCUCGAUCUCAACCAAAAGUCGAGGUUAUAGAAUAGGACUAAAUCAGACUUUAAAUGCACUUUAAAUAAAGUUUGAUUUGAUUUUAUGCUAUUCUUCAACUUAGAUUUUAGGUCGAGAUGGAGACAUGAAUCCAAGAUAUACAUUUUUUAUUUGUAGACAAACUGGAAUUAAAGCCAGACUAAGUCAGUGGCACAGAUGGAACUAUCCAAUAAAAAUAUACAUCUCCUUCAGAUGUUGAUAUUUGGUUGUGUUCACAACCAAACACAAUUCAAUAUCACUGAAUAUCAAUACAUUUGAAAUCAACCAGAGCUCGAAACCCUAGGCCUAUUGUAUUGUCUAUUGUUAGUUGAAUUCUGGGUUGAAUUCAAACAAUUGCUGUUGAUGAAUUUGCAAAUGCCUUAUAGGCCUAAAUAGCAUCAUUGUUGAUUAAUAAAGUAUGGGCACAUUUCA